AUGCAACAAGUGCUCGAUCGCGCUGCCAGGAUGCUGACGUCUAGCGGCGCGUUGGACGACCCUGUAAACGCGCUCCGCGUCUUUGUUGUCGCCAGCGACGUGGACGUGCCCCAGGCGGAGGAAGCGGCGCGUGCUACCCUUCGCGCGCCCUUGGGCAAAGACCUCCCCUACGAACUGGACGGUAUCUCUCCCGCGUCGCUAUACCGCCUCAUGGAAUACCGACGGCGGGUCCACGCGGCCGCUGUGAGCUACCUCACCGACACGGACAGGUGGACGUUAGCGAAGGACUUCGAUCUCGACGCUGGGAAAUUCGACUACUCCAAGGAUACACGAUACACCCGUGGUGGACGAAGAUGGGAUCUUCUUCCCGCUCGCCAUGUGCCGCGGCGACCAUCAUUCUUCUUCCGAUUCGUCCGAGCAUUCCUCUUCGUCCGAGCAUUCUUCUUCGUCCGAGCAUUCCUCUUCGUCUGA